AAUAAUAAUAAAAAUAAUAGUAAUAAUAAUAAUGGUUAUUCUCAGUGAAAUUGACGAAGGAUCUUCAUCUGGUCAUAAUCAUAAUAAUAAACGAAGAUAUGAUGUAUUUUUAAGUUUUAGAGGAACCGACACUCGUAAUAACUUCACGGAUCAUCUCUACAAUACCCUUGUGAAUGAUGACAUAUCUACCUUUUUGGAUGACGAAGAGAUCGAAACCGGAAAAGCUCUGAAACCUGAAUUGGAAAAUGCAAUAAAGUCGGCAAGGGCUUCUAUAGUCGUGUUGUCUGAAAAUUACGCUACUUCCAGAUGGUGUCUUGAUGAACUUGUACUCAUCCUUGAGCAACGUUGGGUCUCUGACCAGAUUGUUAUACCCAUCUUCUAUCAUGUUGAUCCAACCGAUGUAAGGAAGCAACUAAACAGCUUCGGAGAUGCUAUCGCAGAGCACAGACGGACGAAGAUGGAGGCCGAACCAAAUGCAGAGAAAAGAGUUAAAUGGGGUGAAAAGAUUGAUCAAUGGAUUAAAGCACUCACAGAGGUUGCUGGCUUGAAAGGGAAAAGUGUGAAGGGCAGGAGAGAGCCAGAUUUUAUUGAAGAAAUUGUUAUUGAAAUCCGUCAAAGAUUAGGUGUAUCCCUAAGUGGUACUUUGCCACUGCUUAUCGGGAGGGACUGUGAGAUUGAAGAAAUCACCUCAUGGUUGAGAGAUGGCUCCUCCAGUCAUACUGCUGACAUUCUCACAGUCUUAGGGAUGGGUGGGAUUGGGAAGACAUCUUUGGCCAAAUAUAUCUUCCACUUGCACUCUGGUACAUUUGACAGGAGCAGCUUUAUUAAUAAUAUUAAUUCAAGAUGUACCGGAACAUUCAAUGGAUUGCUUGAUGUACAAAAGCAAAUUUACGAUAUCAUCUCAAAACACAACAAGCUACUGGUUCAUGAUCCUCAUGUAUACACCUCUAAGAUUGAGAAAGCAUUAGGCCGUGUGAAGGUGUUUUUAGUUCUUGAUGAUAUUGAUACUCUCGACCAAUUGGAUGCGUUACUUGGAAACAAAGGAUUUCAUCCGGGUAGCAAAAUCUUAAUAACAACGAGGAACGCAUCGUUGACAGAGAGGUGUGCAUUAUUCAAAUCGGAAGUUGAACGCAAACAUACAACACUCAAAGUUGAAGGCUUGUAUGAUGCUGCAGCAAUGAAGCUAUUACGUCUUCAUGCAUUCAAUUGCAAUGAUACCAAAGAAGGUUAUGGAGAGGUUAUCAAAAAGCUUAUGAAGUAUUGUAAAGGACAUCCAUUGGCUAUUGAAGUUCUUGGAAAGUCUCUAUAUAAUCGAGAUAUAACUUAUUGGGAAGAAUGUGUAGAAACUUUAAAGAAUGAACCUCGUUCUGAUAUAAGGACAGUCUUGCAAAUGAGUUUCAAUUCUUUGCCAUCCUCUAAUGAUAAGGAAUUGUUUAAGCAUAUUGCUUGUUUUUUUGUUGGAAUAGAUCGAGAGAUUAGCGAAAAAAUACUAAAGGCAUGUAAUAUAAAUGCAAAAUCCGGAAUCACAAAUCUCAUCGAGAGAUGCCUUCUUAGUGUUGAUCAAGAGAAUAGGAGCUUGAUGAUGCAUCAACUACUUGAAGAGAUGGGAAAGGCUAUAAUACGUGAAGAAUCACCCGAUGAACCAGGAAAGCGCAGUCGAUUGUGGUGUCACGAUGAGUCAUUCAGAGUCUUAAAAAGGAAAAAGGGUACUGAAAAGCUUAAAGGCCUUGUCUUUGACAAGAGAAUGCUUGAGAAAGAGAAGUUUUGUGAUCUGAAAACAGAUGCCUUCAGAAAUAUGGAUAAUUUAAUGAUACUACAUCUUAACUAUGUGCAACUCAGUGGGUCUUAUAAGAAUUUUCCAAAAAAUCUACGAUGGCUGCGUUUGCAUGGGUUCCCUGAGAAGUCUAUACCUUUGGACAUACCAAUGGAGAAGCUGGUUGUUCUCGACAUUUCAUACAGCUAUAUCAAAUCAUUUGGCCCGUGCAGUACUAGCUGUAACCCUCAACCACUUCAGGGCGGGCAAAAGGUGAUUGGAUCGUGUACAAAAGGCAAAAGAAUCCUUCCAUCAUUGAAGAUUCUUGAUCUAAGUUUCUGUGAACAACUUCAUAAACUCUGCGGCUUUUACGAACUACCUACACUUGAGAGGUUAAUAGUUAGAAAUUGCAUACGUUUGGUUGAUAUUUGUGAAUCUCUUGAGGAAUGUGUUGAACUAGUCCACAUCGAUCUUAGUUAUUGCGUAAAGCUAGAAAAGCUUCCAACAACAAUACACAAGCUGAAGAAGGAUUGCAAGCUAUUGCUAGAUGGUUGCAAUACUGGCGAGUCUAUUCUGCGACAAUUGGUUCCCUCUGGGAUGAGGAUUUCAUUCCCGAGCUCGUUAGUAAGUUUAUCACUUGCAGAUAAUAAUUUGUCGAAUGAAUCCUUUCCGGUGGACAUGAGUUGCCUAUCCAGGUUAAAGUAUCUGUGUUUAGAUAAAAAUCCUAUUGUUUCUAUGCCUAAUUGUGUAAGAAGCCUUUGUAGUCUAGAGGAACUUAGUAUGUCGGAGUGUAAAACUCUCAUGUCAAUCGAGCAUCCUCCAUGUGCACUAAAACGGUUGAAAGUUUGGACACCUGUUGUAAGUUCUGUUAAGCCUUUGUUACAGAGAAUUUUAUUUGAUCCAGAUAUGUCUCCGGUCAGCAUAGAUUUACUAUCAAAUUCAUUCCGAGCUUGGUCAUAUGAAAUAGAAGGGAUGGUGAAAAUCCAACCACUGGAAGGUGUUGAGGAAAAGCUAUUAUCUAGUUUGGGCUGGACUAAGUUAUUAGACUUACUUGAUAUAAGGCAAGCUGUAACUUACUGUGACUGGAGAGGAACAGAGCAAUCUCAAAUCCAGAUGUAUUAUGAAUUUGGAAUAUUCAGCAUAAUUUAUGGAGGGCAAUCAGGGAUGAUGAUGCCAGAUUGGAUUAGCUGGAGUAUAAGCAGCUAGAAGACACCAAUAUCAUUUACAAUCCCUUCAUCUCCAAACAAGCUGCUCAGAGGUCUCAAUUUUUGCUACGUGCUGAGGAAGAGUUGCUUCCCACGCGCAAUCACGGAUGGAUUACUUGAAAUGCCAACAAUCAAAAUAAGUAAUAAAACAAAAAACCGCACCUGGAUAUACAUCCAUUGUAUUGAGGUUAUCGAUGUAGGCGGAGAGUGGUUAACAUUUCUAAGCCACUGGAUGUUUGGCAUGAAUGAAAUGGAAGCCGGUGACAGUAUCAUUAUUACCUUGGAAGGAGAAGAUAUAUACGAUGAAGAUGAUAAUGGUAGCAUGCAAGAUGACGAUUACGCAAAUGAAUUUACAAAGAAUUGUGGGGUGGGGUUUAUGUAUCAAGAUGAAAAAGAAGAAGAUGCGUUAAAAUAUUACAAGUCAUGGAAUCACAUCAUUGGUGGUGAUCUUUCUUCUUUUCAAACAACAACCGGAGAAUACUUUCUAUAUCAACGUGAAUUUAGACGAGACUCUAACAUGUACCCACCGACUUACAGGGCAAAAUACGCCUCCUUAAAAUACAAAGAAGAGACCGUUCCAUUUAGAGCUUUCUCAAGUCCUAAGAUUCCUCCCAAGGGUGCAAAGCGUCAACGAUUGUCGGCUUGAAUUAACGAGCGUCUCUAUAGCGACACCAUUGGCAGGUUUUUGUCGGUUGACAUGCGUAACUGUUCCCUUUGGUAGAGUUAAGCUCAUAAAAACCACCAAGAUUUGUGAUUGAUUCUAUUUUUUCUUGGAAAUGCAAAAUAACAUUUGAACGGCUGACUAACACAAUAGCCAUAUGCCAAUUUUCUC